AUGUCUAAUUCCAAUAAAGAAAAGAAUGAUUCUAAAAGAAAUAUUUUUAGUCGAUAUAAAAAUUAUGAUGAAUUAGAUGUAAAUGAAGUAUCUUCAAUACUAUUGGACCAGUAUAAAAUAAUUGGCGGAAGGAAAUUCCUAAAUACUCAUGAAGGAAAUUCCGUUAUGCCAUCAGAUGAAAUGGAGCUUAGACGACUGGAAAUCGCUCAUGUGUUAAACAGAUAUGCGUGGAAAGGAAAUUUUAGCGCACCAGUUGAAGAAAAGCUAAAAAAUGGUAAAGCUACUGUUCUCGACGUUGGAUGCAAGUCGGGCUAUUGGAUUCUCGAUUUAGGAAACGAUUUCCCAAAUUCAACAUUUGUCGGCAUAGACAUUCAAUCAAGUGGAUUUCCAUCAGUGAACGAACGCCCACCCAAUACGGGAUUUUUGGAACAUGACUUAACAACCGGUGUUCCAUUCCCUGAUGAGACUUUUGAUUAUGUUCAUAUGAAAGUAAUGUGUGGAUGGAUUGAAAUUUUUGAACCUAAUUUAAGUAUGAAAAACCUAGGAAAUUCUAUGAAAGCCGUUCAAAAUACCUUUCACACAAAGUUAAAGGAAAAUGGGUUUGAUCCUAUGAUAUUUUUAGAGAUCUCUAAAUAUUUUAAAUCAACCAAUGAAUUGACUAAUAUUAAACACUUAAAAUUGGAUAUAUCAUUGGGUGAAUGGGCAGGAAGAUAUUAUGAAUACACAUUAGAUGCUGUUAAACAAUGUUAUAAAUCUGCUACUUAUAUGCCGGACUAUAUGGGAAUAUCUCAAAAAGAUUAUCAAGAAUUAAUAGAUGAUUUCGAUAGACAGU